CCUCUGCCCCACCUUCCCAGCCCGAUGAGAGGCAGUGACUGCCGCCGUCACGUGUGCUGGCAGCCGCCAAGUGAGGCCGCUUUUGCGACGCGGUGACAGCCAAAUGGUGCGACAGGAGGAGCUGCAGCCGCGGCCGCAGCGCCCCGCACGGAGAGACUUGAGGCGGCUCCUGGCGUCGCCCAGAGGGAGCGACUAGGCGAACAGUCCGGUGCGGGCGGCGGCGGCGGCGGCGGGCGGGCGGCGAGAAGAAGCCCGCUACGAGUGCCCUCGCUCCCCCGCCGCUCUCGAUGAACCGGACGGAAUAAGCCGCGCCUCCAGCAGGGGCUGCGCCUCCAUGAAUCCCUAGUUUUUGUGUUUUUUUUUUUCUUUCUCUCCCCGUUCCUCACCCCCCACCCUGAGCCCCGUCCCGCCUUCUCCCUUUGCCAGCGGCGGCCGCCUCCAGGUGCGGAGUCCAUACCGGAGCGCAAUGGCGUCCAACCCCGAACGGGGGGAGAUUAUGCUCACGGAACUGCAGGGGGAUUCCCGAAGUCUUCCGUUUUCUGAGAAUGUGAGUGCUGUUCAAAAAUUAGACUUUUCAGAUACAGUGGUGCAACAGAAAUUGGAUGAUAUCAAGGAUCGAAUUAAGAGAGAAAUAAGGAAAGAACUGAAAAUCAAAGAAGGAGCUGAAAAUCUGAGGAAAGUCACAACAGAUAAAAAAAGUUUGGCUUAUGUAGACAACAUUUUGAAAAAAUCAAAUAAAAAAUUAGAAGAACUUCAUCACAAGCUACAGGAAUUAAAUGCACAUAUUGUUGUAUCAGAUCCAGAAGAUAUUACAGAUUGCCCAAGGACUCCAGAUACUCCAAAUAGUGACCCUCGUUGUUCUACUAGCAACAAUAGAUUAAAGGCUCUACAAAAACAAUUGGAUAUAGAACUUAAAGUAAAACAAGGUGCAGAGAAUAUGAUACAGAUGUAUUCAAAUGGAUCUUCAAAGGAUCGGAAACUCCAUGGUACAGCUCAGCAACUGCUCCAGGAUAGCAAGACAAAAAUAGAAGUCAUACGAAUGCAGAUUCUUCAGGCAGUCCAGACUAAUGAAUUGGCUUUUGAUAAUGCAAAACCUGUGAUAAGUCCUCUUGAACUUCGGAUGGAAGAAUUAAGGCAUCAUUUUAGGAUAGAGUUUGCAGUAGCAGAAGGUGCAAAGAAUGUAAUGAAAUUACUUGGCUCAGGAAAAGUAACAGACAGAAAAGCACUUUCAGAAGCUCAAGCAAGAUUUAAUGAAUCAAGUCAGAAGUUGGACCUUUUAAAGUAUUCAUUAGAGCAGAGAUUAAAUGAACUUCCCAAGAAUCAUCCCAAAAGCAGUAUUAUUAUUGAAGAACUGUCACUUGUUGCAUCACCAACACUAAGUCCACGUCAAAGUAUGAUAUCUACACAAAAUCAAUAUAGUACACUAUCCAAACCAGCAGCAUUAACAGGUACUUUGGAAGUUCGUCUUAUGGGCUGCCAAGAUAUCCUAGAGAAUGUCCCUGGACGGUCAAAAGCAACAUCAGUUGCACUGCCUGGUUGGAGUCCAAGUGAAACCAGAUCAUCUUUCAUGAGCAGAACGAGUAAAAGUAAAAGCGGAAGUAGUCGAAAUCUUCUAAAAACCGAUGACUUGUCCAAUGAUGUCUGUGCUGUUUUGAAGCUUGAUAAUACUGUGGUUGGCCAAACUAGCUGGAAGCCCAUUUCCAAUCAAUCAUGGGACCAGAAGUUUACACUGGAACUGGACAGGUCACGUGAACUGGAAAUUUCAGUUUAUUGGCGUGAUUGGCGGUCUCUGUGUGCUGUAAAAUUUCUGAGGUUAGAAGAUUUUUUAGACAACCAACGGCAUGGCAUGUGUCUCUAUUUGGAACCACAGGGUACUUUAUUUGCAGAGGUUACCUUUUUUAACCCAGUUAUUGAAAGAAGACCAAAACUUCAAAGACAGAAGAAAAUUUUUUCAAAGCAACAAGGCAAAACAUUUCUCAGAGCUCCUCAAAUGAAUAUUAAUAUUGCCACUUGGGGAAGGCUAGUAAGAAGAGCUAUUCCUACAGUAAAUCAUUCUGGCACCUUCAGCCCUCAAGCUCCUGUGCCUACUACAGUGCCAGUGGUUGAUGUACGCAUCCCUGAACUAGCACCUCCAGCUAGUGAUUCUACAGUAACCAAAUUGGACUUUGAUCUUGAGCCUGAACCUCCUCCAGCCCCACCACGAGCUUCUUCCCUUGGAGAAAUAGAUGAAUCUUCUGAAUUAAGAGUUUUGGAUACACCAGGACAGGAUUCAGAGACUGUUUUUGAUAUUGAGAAUGACAGAAAUAGUAUACUUCCAAAAUCUCAAUCUGAAUACAAGCCUGAUACUCCUCAGUCAGGCCUAGAAUAUAGUGGUAUUCAAGAACUUGAGGAUAAAAGAUCUCAGCAAAGGUUUCAGUUUAAUCUACAAGAUUUCAGGUGUUGUGCUGUCUUGGGAAGAGGACAUUUUGGAAAGGUGCUUUUAGCUGAAUAUAAACACACAAAUGAGAUGUUUGCUAUAAAAGCCUUAAAGAAAGGUGAUAUUGUGGCUCGAGAUGAAGUAGACAGCUUGAUGUGUGAAAAAAGAAUUUUUGAAACUGUGAAUAGUGUAAGGCAUCCCUUUUUGGUGAACCUUUUUGCAUGUUUCCAAACCAAAGAGCAUGUUUGCUUUGUAAUGGAAUAUGCUGCCGGUGGGGACCUAAUGAUGCACAUUCAUACUGAUGUCUUUUCAGAACCAAGAGCUGUAUUUUAUGCUGCUUGUGUAGUUCUUGGGUUGCAGUAUUUACAUGAACACAAAAUUGUUUAUAGAGAUUUGAAAUUGGAUAACUUAUUGCUAGAUACAGAGGGCUUUGUGAAAAUUGCUGAUUUUGGUCUUUGCAAAGAAGGAAUGGGAUAUGGAGAUAGAACAAGCACAUUUUGUGGCACUCCUGAAUUUCUUGCCCCAGAAGUAUUAACAGAAACUUCUUAUACAAGGGCUGUAGAUUGGUGGGGCCUUGGCGUACUUAUAUAUGAAAUGCUUGUUGGUGAGUCUCCCUUUCCUGGUGAUGAUGAAGAGGAAGUUUUUGACAGUAUUGUAAAUGAUGAAGUAAGGUAUCCAAGGUUCUUAUCUACAGAAGCCAUUUCUAUAAUGAGAAGGCUGUUAAGAAGAAAUCCUGAGCGGCGCCUUGGGGCUAGCGAGAAAGAUGCAGAGGAUGUAAAAAAGCACCCAUUUUUCCGGCUAAUUGAUUGGAGCGCUCUGAUGGACAAAAAAGUAAAGCCACCAUUUAUACCUACCAUAAGAGGACGAGAAGAUGUUAGUAAUUUUGAUGAUGAAUUUACCUCAGAAGCACCUAUUCUGACUCCACCUCGAGAACCUAGGAUACUUUCGGAAGAGGAGCAGGAAAUGUUCAGAGAUUUUGACUACAUUGCUGAUUGGUGUUAAGUUGCUAGACACUGCGAAAUCAAGCUGACUGACUCACAAGAAGACCUCUUAAAAAUAGCAACCCUUCAUUUGCUCUCUGUGCCACCAAUAGCUUCUGAGUUUUUUGUUUUUUUUUUUUUAAUUGAAACACGUGAAGAUUUGUUGAAAAGUACCAUUCUAAUACUUCUUGAAAAGUGGCUUCUCAUUGUACUUCAGCGUAAAUAUGAGCACUGGAAACAGUUUCAUGGAGUUUGAGUGAACAUCGGCUAUGAAAAUCCAUCACAAAUACUUUUGGAUCAAUAGUCUAUUUUUAAAAAGAAAGAAAAAAAACCACUUUUUUUUAUAGUCCCUAGCUUUGCCAUAUGCCCGCCUUAAGUAGAAGGAAAAUUAAUCACUUAACUAUGUUUUACAAAAAGUAAAAAAGGGCUUGGAAUGCUAUUACUGUUCACACAAAAUAUGAUUCUGUUUGAAUAAGACAAAUGCUCUUUUUUUUAAAGACAUUACUGUAAUAUCAAAAAACGUAGCAGUUUGUAUACAAUUUGGGGCUUGAUCUUUUAAAAAAAACAGAAUGAAUUGAUGUCUUAUUUUAUAAAUGUUCUAUAUUUAUUAGGAGAAAACUUUAUAUUGCCUUAUUUUUAUCAACCAUGUAACAGAGGCUUAUAGCUUUCCAGCGGAGCUGCUUGCCAAACAAUUUUGUUUUUAUUAAACAGUGCUGAAACAAACAAGAUCAGCAUUUACUUAAGAUGUUAAGAAUGAGGACUUUUAAUCAGCUGAACCAAGAUAUUGUUACCUGUAUGCAUUCCCAAAGUCUAGAUGCUCAGUAUGUUCAGUCAUAUCUUCCAGAAUCAGUGAACCGAUUACCCCUUUUUUGAUACUCACUCUACAUCUGCCAACCUAGUUCACCUUGGUUUUGUGUCUGCUGUAGAAGGGAACUAUACCUUGGUUAAACCGUAGAGAUUAUCAUUGUAUACAUGCUGUGAACAUGUAUAUGUGCAAGUUUUAAUGUAUUCUAUGUUGUAGGCUUAUUAUUUAAUUUUACCACUUCAUCACUUUUGUACAGUGGCCAAGCAGACACCUCAAACUCCAGCAUUUACAUUAAGUGCAUUUGUAUAUUUUAGGCCACUGGAUCCAGAUUUUAUAUUGGCAGUUACUGAGGGCAAAAGCAAUAUAUUGUAACAGAAUGUAUAAAUAUUUUUGAUAAAACAGUCUAUAUUUUAUAAAAAAAUUAAUUAUAACACUAAAGCUGUACCUCAAAAGUCUCAAAAAUAAUUUGAUCAAAUAUUUUAUACAACUCUUCAAAGGAUCCGUCUGUGGCUUUUUAUACUCUUCUAGGAUUGUCUUUUUGCAAACCAUGACUUUCCAUUUGCCUGUAGUUUUUUGUUUGUUUUGGUUUGGUUUGAUUUUAUAUUUUUUUCUCCUAAUCUAUGACUUUAUUGUUUUUUCUUAGUUUAGUAAUAGCAUCUUUGAUCCUGUGCUUAGCAUGUUAGGGUCAUUAUACCUCAGGAAUAGCAAGCUGUUAAGUAACCAUACUGAAUUAACUAUUUAAUCACAGUGAGCUCAUCUCUUAAAAAUUGUUCAGGUGUAAAUCUUAUGAGAAACAUGAAGAAGCACACUGAUUUAUGGAGAGUUGAGCUAAAAACAUUUAUAAAUAUUUGCUGGGAUGUGUUAGCAUCUUUUCAUUGUACUCUGAGAACAAUUAAAAUUGUCCAGAGAUCAUUUAUAUUACCUUCCAAAUUGUUAAUUACCCAAGAUUCUUUGGGAGAAAAUCUUAAUAGAAAGGGGGAACAAUAUGUGGUUUAAAGUUAUUGUUAAAUGCCAGUUAACUUCCUUGGCAAAGGACAGUAGAGGAACUUAGCUUAAUUGUCUGGCUUUAAUUUAAACAGUGUUAAUACAACAUUAAAAUAAAACACUAAAUACUUUUGAGGUACAGUCUGCUCACUUUUUUGGUUCUCAAAUAGCAAAGAAAGUAAUGUCUAAAACAGGCUUUUAGCAUUAAAAACUGACAUAGCAUUUUGUAACUACACAGUGUACAGAAUUUUUUUUUAAUUGAAGUCAAUCACUAAAAAAAUUAGAGGGCAGGGUCUAUUUACACAAUUAAGCUGAAGAAAGCACUAAUUUUUUGUAGUUUAAAAAAUAUAUAUAUUUUAGUCAGAUUUAAAAUUUUAAGCUUUAUAGAGUGUAAAUAUAUUUUGCUAUUACUGUAUGUGUAUGUGACUGCUCAAGCACUUUGUAAAGAAAUUAGGAUAUUUUAGAAUGGUACACUAUGCAUUCAAAUGAAAUGUGCCUUUCACUAUGUCAUUCUAAGAAAACAAGUGUUUUGCAGUCAUAAAUUAUCACAAGUGCACAAAUUAAAGUCUAUUUAGAUUGAAAUUUGUAACUUUGGUUUUAAGUAUUCUUUCUUUUUAGAAACUUCCUAAUGACUAAAAUAUACUUUAACUUUUCUGUGUUCAAAAUCUCAAAGACUAAUUAACUUGAGUAAACGUUCUUGCAAGUA